AUGGCACAUACUCACGACGAGCGUAGACCGCUCCUGCAGUCGAACWGACAUCCCAGCCAUCAGGAGAAUCAUCAUGGCGAAGAACGAACCGUGGAAUUCGGCAAACAGGACAAGGACGAUCCUCAUCAAUGGUCUCUAACCUGGAAAUACCUACAGACCUUUCAAGUCUUCAUGGUGGCGUUCGCAUGCCCAAUGGGAGGUGCCAUUUUCGCUCCGGCGAUGGAAGACAUCACGAACUCCUUUGCAUGUCCCAAAGAAACUGUCCUGUACGCCCAGACUGGGUUUGUUGUUAUGCUAGGCAUCGCACCGCUGUUUCAUGCGCCCAUGUCCGAGACUUUUGGCAGAAGGCCGAUUUACCUGAUCAAUCUCGCCAUGUACACCUUGCUUCAAAUUGCGACAGCUUUGUCGCCCAAUGUGGCCAGCUUCAUUGCUUUUCGGACACUGUCGGGUGUAUUUGGAAGCUUUGGCGUUGCGAACGGUGGUGGAACAAUCAGCGACAUGUUCGACACGAGAGAACGUGCGCAAGUACUAGGCGUCUACUUGAUUGCUCCUCUCAUCGCUCCACCGAUAGGUCCUCUGAUUGGAGGUCUGAUUGUUGGUGGGAAUCUGCACUGGCGUGUAAUCUUCUGGUUCUCUACUGCCUUGGCUGGAUGUGUGACGAUUGGAUGCUUUUUCUUUCUACACGAGACUAGAGGGCCUACAAUACUACAACAACGCAAGGCCAGUCUGGAGAAACAGCACCCGGAAACAAAAUGGCACGUUGAAGGAGUGAACGAUCAGCCAAUUUUCAAAAAGAUCGCAGGCAACAGCACUCGCGCCGUUCGCAUUCUAACGACCCAGCCUAUUGUCCUUACAAUGUCCUUCUACCAGGCUUUGAUCUUCAGCUCGAUGUACACUUUGUACUCACAAUACAGCACGAUCUGGUCUGCGCCGCCUUACAACUUUAGCAAAUGGGAAGUUGGGCUUGCCUAUCUUGGGCCCGCGACUGGAUUCAUCUUCACUUCAUUCUUCAUCGUGCUGUUCAUCGACCGACUCUAUGAUUGGCUCGCGAAUCGCAAUGGAGAUGAUGGCCAGCCCGAAUAUCGGCUACCCAUGGCCAAUAUAGGAGCAGUGCUCCUGCCAAUCUCCUUGUUUUGGUUUGGCUGGGCUGUUGAGAAGAAGCUCGACUGGCCUGUUCCACUCGCUGCCACUCUAUUCUUCGGUGCCUCACAAGUCAGCAUCUUCAACACAGUCCAGACGUACUACAUUGAUGCUUUCACCGCGAAUGCAGCAUCAGCACUCGCAGCUGGUGCUUUCCUUCGCAGCAUCAUCGGAGGUGUCGUUCCACUCUUUGUGGGUGGUAUGUUUGACAAGAUAGGAUACGGACUCGGCAUGAGCGUCUUCGGUAUCAUCAGCUUGGUCUUAAUGCCGGCUCCAUUGCUGUUCUACUGGACCGGUCGCCGUUUACGAGAGAAGUUCCCGUUCAAAGGAUGA